AUGUACCAUUACGAUUGGAUCCUCUCCCUCAUGCCUCAAAUUUAUCUCCAGCCCAGCGGUGCCAUCCUUCACCCCGGCCCCAGGAAGACAACAGAGUUUUCUUGUCUCCCUGCUAUGGCGACAGAAAACUCUCUCAAUGUUGUCUGCAGUGCCUAUGACUACAUCAUCCCACCUCAAGAUAAAGCCAUUGUGAAGACUGACAUCCAGAUUGCACUCCCUCCUGGCUGCUACGGCAGAGUGGCACCAAGAUCGGGUUUGGCAUCAAAAUACUUCAUUGACGUUGGAGCUGGUGUUAUUGAUGAAGAUUACAGAGGAAAUGUUGGUGUGGUUCUCUUCAACUUCAGCAAAGAAACCUUUGAAGUUAAAAAAGGUGAUCGAAUCGCUCAACUGAUCUGUGAGCGUAUCUGCUACCCGGAACUUGAAGAGUUAGAGAACCUGGAUGAGACGAAUCGUGGUGCCGGUGGUUUUGGGUCGACUGGAUCAAACUGAACGCAAUGUUGUUACAAUCCUUCCUAGUUUACAGCAGCAUCACAAUGGGUUUAGUUGUCAAGUCCUCAGUGAAUAUAUCAUUCAUUAUCGUUCCAGGCACCAUAGUGACUAUGUGUCCUGUGGUGUGUAGUGACUGGUGUGUAGCAGAUGGUAUUAUGUGCUGGAAUAUUCACACAUUGUGUUUUUCUAAAAUGUUAGUUCACUGAAAUAAAUACUUUUUUCAUUUUU